CAGAAACUUCUUUACCGACUUGUUUUGAUUUUUGACAGCUACUGAUUUGCAUCUGUUACAAUCAGCGAUCAGGAUGGCAAACUACGUCGGGCUAAACAAACUGGGUAAACUCUUCGGAUAUAUCCGUGAAAAUGGUGGGAUUUUUGCCAGUUUGAGCAAACUGUACAGAAUGGACGAAAUGAAAACCGGUCGACUUGUCGGAGAGGACAAAUAUGGCAAUAAGUAUUUCGAAGAUCCCUCACAGUUUUACGGCCGAAAUCGGUGGGUUGAAUAUGCACCUCAUUUCUACAUGGAAUACGAUGCCUCUCAAAUUCCGGCAGACUGGUACGGUUGGAUGCAUUACAAGUCGGAUCUGCCCCCGAAUCGUGAUGGUUCUCGCGUUCAUCAUGCUUGGAUGACGGAUCACAGUGCUAAUCUUUCUGGAACAAAUAAGUCUUAUAUGCCCUAUUCUACAACUCGUCCAAAAGUUGAUGCUUGGGACCCAAAGAAGCCGGCAGCAAAACUUGAGUAAGAUUGGGAAAAUUAGGCAAAUAAAAGUUCUAGUUAUUUAUGUAAA